AUGCUCGAGCCGACCGUCGGAUGCCACGCCGUCUCGGACGCCGCUCGCUCGAGCGAGACCUUUGCAUCGAUCAUCACUUACUUUGGCACCGAUCCCCAGUUUGUCACCCAUCUCCGCAGCUACAUUCUGCUGCAUACCCGGGCUGUUGCCUCGAGCGGCGGCAUGCAUGACGCAUACCGUCGCAUUGUCCCCGUCGUCCUCGCGCCGCUCAUCUCGCGCCACUCUGAGUUUACCAGCUUCACAUCAGAGGCAGCAGCUCGGUUCCGUUCCACUACACUCUGCGAGAUGAUCCGGCUCAUACUAUGCCGCAACUUGCACCUCUUCUUCCUUCGCGCCGUCGACAAUCGCCAAGGUCGCUCGGCCUUGGAAAAGACGACCAUCAAAAUGGUCAACGGCUCGAGCGACGACAUUGUCGCCGAGAUUGACCAUCUCUACAUCGAGCUCAGGCACAAGGCCCAAAUGCAACCCACCCGGGACCUCCACUGCGGGUACAAAGCGUUCCUGAAGACACCUGGCGGCCGGAUGCUCGCACAAGACGACCCAGGGCUGCAGAGCAAGUUCAUCGACCCGGAGCAGAUGACGACGCUCCUCCUUGCCGCUGGCAUCGAGCCGGAUCCGCUCACGCUCAUGCAUGAGACCGACACCAAGACCAAGCCGCAGAUCGAACACGUGUGGCCGAUGAACGACUGCGGCUCAUGGGAUGCUCUCGCUGACCCCAUUCCCGACGAGGGCCCCGAGACCUUGCUCCGCUGCCACAUCGGCAACCUCACCAUUCUCGAGGCCGCCAUCAAUCGUCGCUGCGGCCGGAAAGCGCCGACCUCCAAGGCCAAGCUGUACGCGCCGGUCCAGAGCUCCAACGGCUCGGCCUUUCCGGCUAACAUCACCAUUGCUGAACGCCUCUACCGCGGUGCCUGGGGCAAGACGUACAUCCGCGAGCGCGGCGCCGCCCUCGUUGCAGAGGUGGAACUAUGGCAUGAUGAGCCACCCUAG